UUGCGCUGUGCGUUCAAGUUUUUCUCAAUCAAUUUUCAAUUCAUCUUCUUGACGAAUGGUGGAUGGACCGCGUUUGAAACGUAAUACGGAAAAAUACAUAGAAAUCGGAUUAUUUUAGUGUAUAACUAUGAUAUGACAACUACUAUACUAUAAAAUUCAUUUUGUGAUAAAUUGUGAGCUAUAAUGGCUGGUGUGUGUGAUAUAUUUUUACGAAGAUUUCUACCCGUCGUGGGGUUUCUUCUUCUGAUUCAUAUAGCGAAAUAUGUACCAGUCGCGUCGGCCGAAGGUCACUGCGUGUGGUAUGGGGUAUGCACCAACGCGACCCAAGCCAAGAAGGUCAACUGCUAUUAUGAUGGCCCGCCCAAACCCAUCGAAGAAUCUACAAGGUCCAUCAUCCAGAAGUAUUGCCCCGACAUCGCGGCGGGCGGGCUGGCCUGCUGCAGCAGCGAACAGCUCAUCAACCUCAACAACAACAUCGGCAUGGCCGAGAACAUUCUAGCAAGAUGUCCCACGUGUAUGGAGAACUUCAUCAAACACAUCUGUGGCUUGACCUGCGCGCCCAACCAGAGCGAUUUUAUCAAGCCCGUCAAAGUUGAACCGUACAAUACGACUCAUAAACAAAUUUUAGAGGUCGACUACCACCUAAGUUGGACCUACAUGUCUUCGACAUACAACUCCUGCGCACAGGUCCAAGUACCAGCGAGCAACCAACUGGCCAUGGACUUCAUGUGCGGCGAAUGGAGUGCGGCGUAUUGCGACCCUCAGCGCUGGUUCAACUCCAUGGGCGAUGCCAACUCCGCCUUCGUGCCCUUCCAGAUCAACUACAUCAGCGGGGAUGACCCUAUCGACGGCAUGGUCCCGAAUAACCCGCCAACCAGGCCGUGUAACAUUGGCAGUAAUGGCCAGCCCGGAUGCUCGUGCCUGGACUGCGCGGCGUCGUGUCCGGCGCCGCCGCCGCCGCGCCCCGCGCCGCGCCCCUUCAGCAUCCACGGCGCCGACGGGUACGCCGUCGUCAUGGCCAUCGUCUUCGUCAUCUUCACCACGCUGUUCUUGAGCGGCGUCUACUGCUGCAACCAGCCGGAAAAUGCUGUCGACGCGUGGGCGCGCGCGGCCGAGGCGCGGCGAGGGGGGCCCGAGACCAGCCCGCUGCACAGCCAUCGCUCCAGUGUCGCCUCAGAUACGAAUCAAGAAAUGGCGGGAAAUCCGCCACCCGGCUGGACGGGGGAGCAAGCGGAGGAGUCGGUAGACGCGACCUUCUUCGAGAAACUCGGCGCUAAGACUGAGAGCACGCUGGAGGACUUCUUCGAGUGGUGGGGGAACAUCAUGGCAUCUAGGCCGUGGAUUGUGCUGUUUAUGGGAAUGAUCUUCAUCGUCGCACUCGGCUACGGCAUGUCCUACACGCAACUGACCACAAACCCUGUGGAACUGUGGGCCUCCCCCCACUCGCGGGCGAGACAAGAACGGGAAUACUUCGACUCUCACUUCGAGCCCUUCUACCGCACGGAAAUGGUCAUCAUCAGCUCCAAGGGCUUGCCGAAGAUUGAACAUGAAACCCCGUCCGGAAAUCUGACGUUUGGACCCGUUUUCAACGCCACGUUUAUGUUGGAGGUGCUCAAUUUGCAGAAUAAGAUUUUAGGUCUCAACAACGGUGUCGGCAUCGAAGACAUUUGCUUCGCGCCGUUGUCGAACGAUUUCACGGGACCCACGACUCCCGAGCAGUGUGUGGUGCAAUCACUUUGGGGCUGGUGGGAGAAUGACGCCGAGGAGUUCGAGCUGGACAUUGAAGAUAACAAGUAUUUGGAUAAGAUCGCUUCAUGCGCUAACAAUCCAUACUCCUGCCUCGCCCCAUACGGUGGUCCAGUAUUACCGGCGGUCGCUUUGGGCGGUUUCCUGAAGCCUGGAGAACAGUUGUCCAAAACAUCUCCCUUCCACGAGGCCACCUCGCUCAUCAUCACUAUACUAGUCAACAAUAAACACGAUAAAGACAAGCUGAAGCCAGCGUUACAAUGGGAGAAAGAAUUUAUCAGUUUCAUGAAGAACUACACGGAAACUUCCAUGCCGUCAUACAUGGACAUCGCAUACACCUCAGAGAGAUCUAUAGAAGACGAACUCGAUAGGGAAUCUCAAUCGGACGUGUCGACUAUCCUAGUGUCGUACUUCAUUAUGUUCGCGUAUAUAUCUAUAUCUCUGGGAAGGUUCACUAGUUUUUCGAGGUUGCUGAUUGACAGCAAGGUCACGCUUGGCCUUGGAGGUGUCCUCAUAGUCCUAGCAUCAGUAGUAUGCUCAGUGGGCAUAUUCGGCUAUGGAGGCGUCCCGGCCACAAUGAUCAUAGUCGAAGUGAUACCGUUCUUGGUGCUGGCGGUGGGGGUGGACAAUAUCUUCAUAUUGGUGCAGAGCAACCAGAGGGAGGGCAGGAGGCCUAAUGAGAGCGUCGCUGAACACAUCGGAAGGACGUUGGGUCAAGUCGGUCCAUCGAUGUUCCUCACGUCAGUUUCCGAAUCCGUCUGUUUCUUCCUCGGCGCUUUGAGCGACAUGCCGGCUGUAAGGGCGUUCGCUUUAUACGCCGGAGCAGCUUUAUUGGUGGAUUUCUUCUUGCAAGUCACGUGUUUCGUGGCACUACUGGCUAUAGACACGCAUAGACAAAAUUCUAACAGAUUCGACAUAGUGUGUUGCAUCCAAGGCGCCAAGGCCACGGAAGGCAACACUGCGGGCGAGGGAGCGCUGUACAACUUGUUCAAACAGAUCUACGUGCCGUUCUUGAUGAAGAGGGAGGUCCGUGCUUCGGUCAUGAUCAUAUUCUUCGCUUGGCUGUGUUCGUCUGUUGCUGUGGCGCCACAUAUCGAAAUCGGUCUCGACCAGGAACUGUCGAUGCCUCAGGACAGCUUCCAACUGAAGUACUUCCAACAUUUAAACAAAUACUUGAACAUCGGUCCGCCAGUUUACUUCGUCAUAACAGAGGGGUUGGACUUCAGUCAGACCAACACACAGAAUAUGAUCUGCGGUACCAGAUUCUGUAGGCCCGAUAGCGUAGCUAUGCAACUGUAUUCAGCGUACCGCACGCCCAAUGAGACAUAUAUAGCUCAACCGCCUAACUCCUGGUUGGAUGAUUUCUUCGACUGGGCCGCGCUCGCCUCCUGCUGCAAAUACUUCCCUGGCAAUGGCACUUUCUGUCCUAACUCUGGGGUGCCGAGCUGCAGGAAGUGCAACAUCCCACUGGAGGGCGCGGAGCGGCGUCCGGCGCCCGCCGACUUCCGCCGCUACGUGCCCUUCUUCCUGCGCGACAACCCCAACGCCGGCUGCGCCAAGGGCGGACACGCGGCCUACUCACACGCCGUCAACUAUAAACAGAUCUCCUCCAACGUGUCCAAAGUCGGCGCCACAUAUUAUCAGGGAUAUCACACCGUGCUGAAGACCAGUUACGAUUAUUAUUCUGCGCUUAGGGGAGCCAGAUCAGUGGCAGCCAACCUAACAGACACACUAAACCGCAACCUCCGCGAAGAAGGCAAGAACACAACAGUGAACGUGUUCCCUUACUCAGUCUUCUACGUGUUCUACGAACAGUACCUCACGAUGUGGCCGGACACCCUCAAGUCUAUGGGCAUCUCUGUUUUGUCCAUAUUCAUCGUCACUUUCUUUUUGAUGGGCUUCGAUCUUUUCUCCGCUUUGGUUGUGGUGAUAACGAUCACUAUGAUUGUAGUCAACCUCGGUGGACUGAUGUACUGGUGGGGAGUGAGCUUGAACGCUGUUUCUCUAGUCAAUUUGGUGAUGGCGGUGGGCAUAGCGGUGGAGUUCUGUUCGCACCUGGUGCACAGCUUCGCGGCGUCGCGCGCGCGCGGGCGCGUCGCGCGCGCGGCCGACUCGCUCGCCAGGAUGGGCUCCUCCGUGCUCAGCGGCAUCACGCUCACCAAGUUCGGCGGCAUCAUCGUGCUGGGCACCGCCAAGAGCCAGAUCUUCCAGGUGUUCUACUUCCGCAUGUACCUGGGCAUCGUGCUGGUGGGGGCUGCGCACGGGCUCAUAUUCCUGCCUGUCAUGCUCAGCUAUAUCGGUUCGCCGAUGAACAAACAGAAGCUAGCCAAUCAGAUGCGGCGCGGAAAGGAGAUGACUGUCGCGGAAACCUCGCUCACUCGAGCAUAACCCGCCGUCGGGGACGUUGGCGAGUGUUCGAACGGGGCCCCACCUACGGCAGUUUAGACUCGACGUCGGAGCCCCGGGCCACGACCAGCGGCACAGUCAACGCCCUCACCGAUGAAAUGUGAUGUGCGCGCCAAUUUUCAUAUUAGGAAACAUUUUUUGACGUUGACAGCUUUUAUACAGUCCAAUCCCUUCUUAAACUUUUCACCUGAGUUUAUUCACCCGGAUGUUCUGAAUACACUUUUACUGUAUUAUAAUUAUUUUAAAAAAAUUUACUUUGUAUUUUAUUUUUGAAAUUCGAAAUGAAUUAACUUUUUAAAAAGUAAUUUUAAUGUUUAAAGUAUUUAUAUGUUCAUCUAGUAGAAAAAAGCUUAGGUGUAUUAAGUUCGCGGAGGGUCAUAUUUUAAUUCUGAUUCUGCAUCUAGAAAGGAUUUUUGUGUCGUCCUGUGUAAUGGUGGUGCAUUAGAACUGUGCUAUGACUUGAAUGAUCCUCAGUGUUAAUUUGCCAGUAAUAUAGUGUAAUGGGAAAAAUUGUCAAAAAGUGAUUCCGAUCUUGAUAUUGGUUAAGAACUAAGAUUUACAAUCAUGGACGCGAAAGUGCUAAUAUAUUAUAAGGGGUUAUGUUGGUAAGUGAAACAAAUGUGGCUUAUUGUAAAUCUUAGAUGUCUAGAGAUAUUUGGCAUGGUAACCCCAAGCGGGCGAGGGAGACGAGAGCUUUUAAUGUAUAAAUAAUAUUAAAUAACUAUCGGCAACAAAAGUCCUGAUAUAUCUCUUAUAGUCUGUAAGACAUUAGCAAAUAUAUAUUAUGUUACAUGUACUUCCGAUCAGUUUUAAUAUCCAUGUUGGAUCGUGUACAUGCGGCUUUAUACUAAUUAUAGUAAUUUUUACUUCAUUAGUGCUGACGCAGUGCUUAGCGCAAUUGAUAUCACCCAAACUCAAGUGGUAUAAUUUCUCUUAUUAUUGACGAAACUUUUUAGUAUAUUUGCACAAGAUAUUUGUCAAUUUUUAGCCCAUUUAUUAAAAAAUGAAUUAGCUUGUUCAAUAUAAGAAUUGUAAAUGAAAUAAGUAAGGCAAUAUACUAGUGAGUCAGUCAAAGGACACGGGUGAUUUCAAUAUAUCCAUGCAACCUCUGAACCACCAAUCGGUGCUUGCGUCUCGAUUCUGCGCGAUCGGGGGUAAAAUGUAAAAUAAAACACGAAACAAAGAUGAACCUACAAUUUGAGAAGAUAUAAGCGUGUAAAAUAUGAAAGGUAGUGUAAAUUCUAAAAAAAUAAAUCUUAAAUCAUAUCAAUUAGACAUACUUCUAGCAAAUGAUAUACGUAUGCUUGCUAUUGAUGCAAAAAAUUAAAAGCUAAGAUUGUUACACAGGUACAUUACAUAUUGAAAAUGUUUAGUGUAUCCCUUUUUGAUUAUAUUUUGGAUUGAAUAUUAAUGUUUUGUGCUCUUCCCUUGUCCCAUUUGAUUUUGAAAUAUUGUUUAACUAAACUAAUAUUUUUAGUGCUGUUGUAACUUAUAAAAAUUGUGUUAUAUUGCAACUUCAAAAAUACUUGCAACGAAAACUUCCUGUUUUUGUAUAUAGACUCUAGAUUGAGUUAGAGAUUAUUUUCAUUCGACUGACAUAACCAAUGUAACUAUGUAAAAUAAGGACUGUUUAGAUAAAAUUUUUAGCAGUCACUAUUAAAUCGUAAUUUUGUUUAUGAUUAUUGUUUAUAUUAUAUAAUACGUUAAUGAAAAAGUUAAAUUGCCAUUAAUUACUAUAGUUACUGCAUUAAUGAGACAAGUUUACUAAAUCUUGUCGAUUUCAAACGAUUUUUUUACUCGAAAAGUGUACUAAGUAAGUACUUGGCAAUGCAUAACAUCUAAAUAUUAUUAUUAUCAGCGUCGCUACGAGCUUUAAUUAGAACCAAUAUAUUUACAGAAAUUGAAUAUGUCUUCAGUGAAAAGCAAAUAUAUGUGAAGAUAUGUGCAUUUUCUGUUUAGGCUGUUACGAAAUGCGCGUGAUCACGACGCGUAUUAUGUCUGUCGCAGUUACACGUCUGACAUGCAUGUGACAGAGAUGGGCGAUUCUGCGAUUCAUGUAAGCGAGUGAGUGAGACGGACUGAAUUGUCGUCGUGAUUAUGCACAAGUGCAGAAUCUUCUAGCGUUAGUAAUCAAUAUUAUAAGUAUAUUUUAUCCUUAGAUUUAUAGUAACCUUGUAUGAAUGUAGUAUACACGCUUGGCGGUUAUGUUAAAAUUGUGAUAUUUUAUACUUUACUUUUUCCAAGAUAUUGAUACUCUUAGUUAAGUUUGGAAAAAAAUCUUAAGUUGUGAUUUAUUAUAAUAAUUUAAUAUCUUUCAUCUAAAAUAGUUUUGUUAUAUUUGAUAUUUUAUACUGAACAGUCUGAAAUUGGUCUCGAUAUUUCUACAGUCUUAAAUUUUGUUAUCGCUUUAAAUGUCUCGAGAUGAUUGUGAUAUUAUGAUUAUGUUUUCAUUUGAAAGAUAUUAUUUUUUACUCGCUCAUCCAUUUUAUGAAUAUUUACAUAAAGUAAGUUAAUAAUUGUUUUUUUCUUCAAUAUUUUGUGUUCAUUACAUUAUGCUUAACGUUGGAACAAUUACUAUUUGAUUUUGACAAAUUACUAAAAUAAUUUUGUUUUGCGUGUGCCUUCUAAAAGUCAAUUUGACGUUAUUCUUAGGUACCAGUUAAUGACAAAGUAUGUACAUAUAAAGUAAUACUUUUUCAUUGGCAUCUGAAAAUAUAAAUGUGCUUUACAUGCCUGUAUGCGUCUACUGUCACUAGAUGGUGGUACUCGUAAAAAGUAAUGGCUUAUGUCUUAGGCGACAAAUUAAAGUUGAUACCAGUAACAGCACACGUGAUUAGACGGAAGACGUGUAUAAAAUAUAUCAAUUAAUUCCAUUAUUUAUAAUAGAAUAUUAAAAAACAGGAAACAUAUAGGAUUAUAGUCUUCUAACAGCUUAUUUAUAUUGUUUAAAAUUUUCAUUGUUGGAAAACAAGGAAAACAAUAUUUCGUCUACCGUUAGACGAUAUUCGGCGAUUGUAUGUAACAUGUCUCAUCUAAGAUUCUUAUUAUUAUAUGGCGACUAUAUAUCAAUUUUUAGCUAAUUUUGCAUAUAGUAUUAAUAAAAUGGCUGUGUGAUAGCAUAACUUGAGAAAAGUAUUCUCAUGAAUACGUUAGCGAUCUCGGCUCUAAGACAUGUGUUCUUUUAGCGAGGUUAUAUAAAAGUGCUGUUGCCAUUUUUGAAUGAAAACUUUUGUAAAGUAAAUAUCUGAACAUGUAGUUAAUGAUGCGGAACUAUUUUUACGAAAUGUGUAACUAUUGUAGUAUUUUGAAGUAACAUAUUAAGAGGUUAUUCGUCUGCACACUAGAGCCACUAUGAAAAUAUGUCUUAAUAAAGUAAAAAUUAAGCAUAUGGGAACACUGGUAUGCAGGAGGUGCCUUCUUAAAAAAUCUAUAUAUAGAUGUAGAUACCAUACCGAAAACAGUACCAAACUACUAUAUUAUUAGUUAUUGUUAAUAGAAUUUGUUGUAUGUAUGUUAUCAUAAAAUGCAAUUUAUGUAGCACUAUUAUCAUGGCGUACGUUUGUUUGUGCGUGUACAGGUCGUCUCUAUCUGAUCCCUAGCGAACAACAGAGAUGCCACUAUCAUGGUAUAUCAGUCGCACGCAAGGUAUGUGACUGAGACAGACUGAUUGAAUUGACACGUUGAAGCUAUAAUCACUACGCAAUUUAUUUCUUAAUUAGAAAGAGAUACAGGAAUAUAGAACAGAAUUAUUAAUACUACUUUCUACAACAUAUUUUUCUUUAAUAAUACCUUCAUUUCGUUCUAGUUACGCUUCAAAUUGCAUCGUACGUUAGUCGAUCUUAGAAUAACGCAACGGACUUACUGACAGUCGAUUCUCUUUCAUUAAAGUAAUAUUUAAUAUGAUAGGCGUUCUGUAUCAUAUCUGUCUCAAAAAAUCUCCAUCGCCAUACAGCGUGGCAAUGCAGCCAGUAUAAUGGGAACUUUUGAGCCAGGUAUGAUGGGGGGGCCUGUUAGAUUAAUAAAAUAUUUGACGAAGCAUGUGGCGGAUAUUUCAAAUUGUAUUAAAUGGGUUUUGUAUGUAAUAAUGAAGUUGACAUACGUGUGUAUCAUGUUCGACAAUCAUACUUUCCACAGAUCUAUUUUUAGACAUCUUUUGUAAAUUUUGACAUAAGUAUACCUUAUGACAUACGAAUUUUCAAAAUGUUAAUGCGCUUAAGUUUUGUAUUGUUACUUAAUGAAAAUAUUAUUUGAGAUAAUUUAGAUGCUUGGCCUACUCUCACAUAAGAAGUAAAAUAUAAAAACAACAGGCCAAGUUUAUUUUUCUUACUGUUUAUCCCUAAAUUUCAAAUAUAUCUGACUCUGUACAUACGAGAAUUUUCUGGCAAUUAAAUUGUGUAUAUGAUAAUUAUGGUAUCAAAAUAUUGAAUUAUAUAAAAUACUUACUGAGUGUUUAUAAAAUCUGUGUAAUAGCGUUUAUAAUAAAACAAUUAAUAAAAAAUA